AUAUUAGAGCAACGAAUGUUUUCUCUACAGGUUAUUAUUGCAGCAGAACUUCUGAAAAAUGCAGAUGAACUAGUCAAACAGAAAAUUCAUCCCACAUCAGUUAUUAGUGGCUAUCGACUUGCUUGCAAGGAAGCAGUGCGUUACAUCAGUGAAAAUCUAAUUAUUAACACAGAUGAUCUUGGAAGGGAUUGCCUGAUUAAUGCUGCUAAGACAUCAAUGUCAUCCAAAGUCAUUGGAAUGAAUGAUGAUUUCUUUGCUAAUAUGGUAGUAGAUGCUGUACUUGCUGUUAAAUACACAGAUGCAAGAGGCCAGCCUCGCUAUCCAGUCACUUCCAUCAAUAUUCUGAAAGCCCAUGGGAGAAGUCAGAUGGAGAGUCUGCUCAUCAAUGGCUAUGCACUCAACUGUGUGGUGGGAGCCCAGGGCAUGCCCAAGAGAAUAGUUAAUGCAAAAAUUGCUUGCCUUGACUUCAGCCUGCAGAAAACAAAAAUGAAGCUUGGUGUACAGGUGGUUAUUACAGACCCUGAAAAACUGGACCUGAUUAGACAGAGGUAUGUUGAGGGAUUGGUUUUGAUCUUUGAAAAGGGGAGUUUGUGGUUCCAUCGUGUAAUGGUUAGCACUCUGGACUCUGAAAAGGGGUGUUUGUAAAUUAUGCUUCUGUUAGAGCAGGUGAUGGUAAACUAAAAAGGAGUUCUACAUCUCAUAGUUAACAGGGCAGGUGAUCAAGCAGAGUGGUGAUUGUGCAAGUGGGUUUUUUAAAUGAGUGUCUUGGAGGACUUUAAAAAUUAACAUUUUUAACCAAAGUCAGACUAUUUUACAUUAACUUCCAGGAAAAUUAGAAAAUGUGGCAAUGGUGUUUUAAGAGAGAUUUGGUGGCAAUGGUGUUUUAAGAGAGAUUUUGGGGGCCGGCCGAGUGGCUCAGUUGGUUAAGAGUUCACUCAAGAGU